AUGAUGGGGUUGCUGCUGCUACUCUUUAGCUGCUGCUCUGCUGCUGCUGCUGCUGCUGCUGCUGCUGCAGGUUCUGUGGAGCCUUUGACAGCCCAUGAGCUGAGAGGCACACUGCAUGCAGCAGCAGCAGCAGCAGCAGAAAAAACAACAGCAGCAGCAACAACUGCUGCUGCUGCUGCUGCUGACAGCAAUCUACUGUUUGUUGCCUUCACCAGCAGCAGCUCUCGUGCGUGGCGCCGCACAGCUGCUGCUUUUGCUGCAGCAGCAGCAGACUACGCCGAUCUCCUUGAACAGCAGCAGCAGCAGCAGCAGCAGCAACAGACUACGCCGAUCUCCUUGAACAGCAGCAGCAGCAGCAGCAGCAGCAACAGCAGCAGCAGCAGCAGCAGCAGGAUUACCCUACAUUUUUGCUGCUGCAGCAGCCUGCAGCAGCAGCAGCAGCAACAGCAGCAGCAGCAGCAGGAGCAGCAGCAGCAGCAGGAAAGGAUACAACACCCGAAGCAGCAGCAGCAGCAGUUGCUGCUGCUGUUGUGUCUUCACUCAAUCUAUCAUCGCUCCCAACACGAGGAGACUUCUUUCAGUUUCUGCUGCGGCAUGCAUCCCCUUUCUCUAACCCAGCAGCAGCAGCAGCAGCAGCAGCAGCAGCAGCACCAGCAGCAGCAGCAGCAGCAGCAGCAGCAGCAGCAGCGGGAGAGGGAGAGAGAUGUGUAG